AUGUUAAAAGCACUCCCAGUAAGUUACAGCUACAUAGGUGAUUUAAUUGAUGUCUUGCCAGAGGGUGAAAGAACAGUUGACUAUUUAAAAAGUAAAAUAAAAUUGAAAAAUACGGAAAAUGUGAGUGAAACGUUAAAUGAUACAUCAAAUGCUUUUAAAGCAGAUGCCAAGCCAUCAAAUAAUUGUUUUAGUUGUGGAAAACCUGGCCAUCUGAGAAGAGACUGUAAAUCAGGAAAUGUAAACCGUGAACGAGGACAUAGUUUUUCUCAUCAUAGAGGACGUAGUUUCUCUGGUUAUAGAGGACGUGGUUUCUCUGGUUAUCGAGGACUUGGUUCAUAUAAUAACAGAGGACGAGGCUCAGGAAAUUAUCACCAUAAUAAUCAAGAGAGUCAUGGAAACAGUUUUCAUACUACUAUUGCAAAUAAUACUUACACAACGAGUGAGAAUUAUAAGACAAAGAAAGGUCAAAUAAAUUGGUUACUAGAUAGUAGAUGCACAGACCAUAUUAUUAAUACUGAUGAGUACUUCAAUUCCUGUGAGAUAUUAAAUAAACCUGUUAAAGUUAAAAUUGGGGACGGCACAAUAUUAGAAGCUACAAAAAUUGGUAAUAUUAAAACUUAUUUCUUGGUCUAUGGACAAAAAUCUGAAGUGACUCUGACAAAUGUUUUUUUUUGUAAAAGAAAUGAAGGCAAAUUUAUUGAGUUAUUGCAAAAUUACUGA